AUGCAUCUCAGCGGCAAUCUUAGUACUCUUUGUUUCUAUCACUGGGUUUUUGUCAGUUACUUAGCUCUGUUCCAUCUUCCUUUGCAUUAUGCUCUAUCGUUCAACUUCACUUCUUUUACAAAUGAAAGCAGGCUGGAGUUAAAUGGCACUGCUUCCAUCCUAAAUGGAGUUCUAUCACUUACCAGUGACCCCAAUAUCAGUUCCUCAGCCGGCAGAGCCGUAUAUUUUGAAGAUAUUCAACUUUUUGAUCCGAGUACGGGUAAAUUCACAGACUUCACUACUCAUUUCUCAUUUAAAAUAUCAACGGUUACUCAACCAGGCCAAGAUGGGCUUGCCUUUUUCCUUGCACCCAAAGGUUCUCUGCUCCCGGUUGGUGCUCAGGGAGGAUGCCUUGGACUUUUUAGCAGAUGUCACGAUUUCACCGUACCAAGAAAAGAUGAUCAGUUAGUUGCUGUUGAGUUCGACACCUUCAAAAAUGAUUGGGAUGCAAUCGAUGGUGAACAUGUCGGUAUCAACAUCAAUUCCAUCCGAUCAGUACAAAGCAAGGAUUCGGGCCGGAGUUUGAAAAAUGCAUCGAGAGUUGAUGCUAGUAUCCGUUAUAAUUCUAAGGCAAACGAAUUAAGCGUAUCAUGGACCUUCCCAGACGAUCCAUUUGUUGGUGGGAAUACAAGCCUUUCACAUAGUAUUAACCUAACGGCAGUUCUGCCUGAAUGGGUGUCUAUUGGCUUUUCUGCUGGAUCUGCCUACUUCUUUGAGACACAUGAAAUCCUUUCAUGGGAGUUUGUAACAAGUACGGAAUCAUCACCGGACAGCUUUAGUGUCGGAUUGAUUAUUGCUUGUGUGAUUGGUGGGUUAAUUUCAGCUUGUGGUGUUGUUUCAGUGUCGGUGUUUGCAUGGAGGAAGAGGACUAGAGGAAAAGGAAAAAGAGGUACUGUAGAGAAUUCUGAGUCCAUGGAAAACGGUACAGGGUGA